GUUGACGAGCGGUGGGCCUGCCUACCUGCCGCCCGUUGCCCCGCUCCCAUUACGACGCGGACUCUCGCGGCAGGUGCACCAACCUAAGUGCCACUCCGCUUACCUGUGUGUCGUGCCUACCAAGCCAGCGUGUCCGGUGGUCAGGUUCUUCCCUCUCUCUUUCUUUCUCUCUCUCUUUCUUUUUCUCUCUUCUUUUUACCUCUUCUCUUUUCUUUAUAUAUUCCUUCACCCUUUCUCUCCCGCCGCGUGUGUCUCCUCUUCUCACCCCCUACCAAGCUUCGUCCUUCUCCCGCUGUCUCCGUCUGUCCCCUUCGACGUCGCCUCACGCAGCAGUGCGGUGUUGUAGUGUCGUGUCAUCCUGCGCUACGUCAACGAUCCUCCCGAACGUGUGGAGGCAACGAUCGAUCGAUCGCGUAUCCUCUCUCUGACUGUCCGUCGCUACCGGGUCGUCGCCGUCGUCGUAAAGGUGACGCGUCCUCCGACAAAGUCUCUUAGGGACGCGAAGCUUCUAAAACGUUUGUGAGAGAGAGAGAGAGAGAGUGUGUGUGUAUGUGGGAGAGAGAGAAAGACACUGUCUAACGUCCUUGGCUCGUCGGAUGUUCGUACGAGAAGAUUUGCAAUAUAGAGGACAGAGAGGAAGGAGGAGACACGAUUCGGUUCUAGCCGAGGUCCGCGGUCGUGUGUAAACAAUCGUGGAAACUGGAAACUCGAAGGCACUCGGGGAAGCGGCGAGGAGCGUUCGAGAGGUGUUCGCCACGCGACAGUAGACCAGUACGAGACCGCGUCAGUCGAGGGUCGGACGACGAUCGUCGACGAUCGCCGACGCGGAGGAUCGCCGGAGUUUUGCGCGAGUGUCGAUACAGUGUUCCGAGAGGAUCGGUGAACGACGAGCCUCUCGUUUAAACAAGGAGGAAGACGAGACUAACCCUCCACUCGUGUGACUGUGUGCCGAGUAAGAGGAAGGAGGGGACAGUGAAGGUGUCAAACGUCCGCGACUCCUCAUUGACAUUUCCGUGACAUUUAGUGCGCGACCGCGCGGCAGACGCGACGAUUCGAGGCGACGCGACGCGACGCGACGGUGUUUUUCGUGUAACACGCGUGCAACAUCGUUAUGCCGUGCUGUUCCUCUGCUCUUACGAACACGACCACCGUCCUCUGGUAGCAAGGCCAGAGCGAAACCACGUCGCGCCGAUGACGGAUCGUCGUUCGUGCUUUAUCGUCGCAAAUUUCUUAUCUACGCUUAACUGUUUAAUGAAAUUGAUCGUUGGACGUGCAGUCGUUCGAUAAAGGCAGGCUCGACGAUCUUUCGCGUUCGUUGGCGACCCGUGCACAACCAAGUGAUCGUUUCGGUGCCGGAGGCAUGAUCCUUGUCGGACUUGUGCGUUUGCGCGUGCUGCAGAUUUGACGUUCAACAGGUGGUUUGGGUAUCGCCAACGUGCACGAGCUGGAAACGUUGAGAGCUUGACGAACUCGAGCUAACUCGCGCGUAGGCUGAUCGGGGCGAUUGAGUCUCGUUGAACGGAAAAGGGGGUUGAUCGUUGAUUGCAAGGGAAGCUGUUCGUGUCGGAAAUCAAACUGGACAUACUCACCGCUACGUCGGGGCGUACGGAGUGGAGAUGUCCGCGGGUCGCUGAGAGAAUGAGGGAGCUGGACACCGAGAGCCCUGUUGUCUGGCCGGCCUGGUGUUACACUGGUGAGGUAUCAGGUGAGAACGUGUCUGCAAGCUCUGGACCUCGUGGCGGCGAUCGUGGAGAGGCGACCGAUUUAGGCACACACACGGAAAAUACCGACGGGGCCACCCUGGCCGCGAACACAGCGGUCGACGCUAGGGGCGGAAGCCCCCAGGGUGCCCACCUUUCCGGUGCGGCCACCCCCAGACCGCCAAGGGGAAGGAGGCGACAGAACCAGAAUGGUCUCGACACUACUCAAGUUAAAACAGAACGCCUUACACCAGACAAUAAUUCUACGUCGUCGAGGAGCGUGACGCCCUCAUCCUCCAGCCACCCAGGAACGCCGCCAAAUGCUACCCCCUUGGGUGGACCCGAGGGCCCACCACCACCCCAUCACCUCAAACACAUGGAACAGAUGAUGGGACGAAAUUAUAGCGAUUUUAUGAGAAGCCUCGCUGCCAAGUACAAUAACGCCAACCCUAAUGACUACUUCAGUUCACCAAGGAACGGCUAUCCUCCAGGCUUAGAUCCAAGGUUCCCAGGAUUCAAAACUGGCGCCACACCCUUCGUCGGUUUGAUGGCCCCGUUGGGUGCACCGCAACCGUCGACCGUGUCCACCACCUCACCCCUUUCCAAUAAGGAUCCGAAAGAGCAGAAACAAGACAGUUUGUUUGGCAACCCCGUCUUCCCACCCAUGUUAGAUAUGUCGUCGACGCAAGCGCUUUUGCACAUGGUGAGGACUGCAAAUGCAGCACAGAAUGCAGCAGAAUUAGAAACGUACCUCAAAGGUGCGAACAAAAGAGACGCGGGUGUAACGAGUCCUCUGGAUCUCUCGAGUCCAGGUGGCUUUGCUCCGCGGAAGAGGCAGAGGACGGAAACCAGGAGAUCGGGAAGCGUUUCUCCGAAGCCGAAACCAACCCCUCGGCCUACCACACCACCCCCAGUCAGGUGUCCAUCCCUAUGUGGUCACAUGCCCUGCGGUGAUGGACAAGCUGUCAAUCGAUGGACCAUCGAGGACGUCGUCAAUUACGUAUCGUCGAUCGAUAUUUGCGCAGAGUACGCACAGAAUUUCCGCGAGCACCGGAUCGAUGGAGCGGCAUUGCCCCUUCUUUCGGAGGAUCAUUUAACCGGGCCUAUGGGAAUGAAGCUAGGUCCAGCCCUGAAGCUUCGCGCGCUGUUAGCCCGGAAGCUGGGCGCUUGCACGGUCUGUUUGCACUGUGCACACUGCCAUCAGACACCUUUGCCGGCAUUGAACGCGGCCGCGGCUGCGGCAGCCGCGUCGCAACAGCAACACCAGCAGCAACCGCAGCAACAACAGUUGCCUGGAAGGCGGCCGAGCAGCACAGGAAACUGACAAACAAUGGCGGAGACUCCUCUGGGCCCGGAGGGCACGGUCACGCCCUCCACGGACCCGAACAGGGCCCUCAGGAUAGAACGGCGCGUAUCACGUCCCAUACGCAAGCCGGAAGUCGUCUUCAAGAAGCCCAUCAAACAGUGACGCGGAAUACGCGACAGCGCGUACACGUGACCGCGGACGCUGUGGAGUUCCGGAGGCUCCGCCUUGUCCUUCAUGUUAUAUUCCUUUUUCCUUGGACGUUCGACAACGAGAAAGAGUUUCGUAUAUAUACAUAUGUAUAUGUAUAUUAUGAGAGAGAGAGAGAGCGAGAGAGAGAGAGAGAGAGAGAGAGAGAAAGAGAGAGUACCUGGAGAAAAAUUGCUCCGUCUCGGAGGCGAAAUUUCACUUUGCUGCGUUGUACUUACUUAUAGAUGACUGGCUCGUGGAAUCGGGUGAAAUUGUGCGUGGGAGUAGGUGACUCUUCGAGAAAGAGAGCGAAGAUUGGAAAUGCGAAGGUUGAGUAGCCAGAAGACUUAGUUUUUUACGUUGAUUCGAUAUAGAGUUUGAAGUGUGGAUAAGAAGUUUGUAGAGGAUUUGUUGUUCUUUUACUUUUUGGAAUGAAGAUGGUAUUUCAUGUUUGAUUUCAUUUUUGACAGAAUUCUCAUUGUUACGUACGUAUAAAUGAAUUCCUUUUUUCGUUCCUAUUCAUAUAACGUUGUUCCGACGAAUGUAGCGUGCGAUUUUGAUGUAAUAAAAUUACAUCUUCAGAUAUUUAAAUCGUUAAACCGUAAGCUUUAUCUACAUCCAAAUUUUUAUAACUUUGGACUACAACGAUUAUUAUAAGGAAGAAACAUAAAGGAAGUGUAAUAAGUAGACAUCUUCUAGUAAACUUCUUGUCCGCACGCUGAUCCGAAAGCUCGGCAAACCAUCGAAUUUAAAAUGAAAUUUUCAAUCUACGAUUACCGUAUACUUUAAUUAAAUCGUGAACCUUUAGGAUGAUCGCCAGUGCCUGAAACAAGAAUACUUGUCCAGAGAAUCUGGGCAGCCCGAUUCAGAGUUUCAUUCGUGAAAUCUUCCAACGGUGCGAUUCUCUUUAAUUUGUAAUUCCUUUGUCCGGUUCUUAAGAGACUUGUACCGCUGGUCAUGCUAACAGAUUCUCUUCGACGAGCAGGAAGUGGAGGGUGACUAACAAGUGUUAGCAUUCUCGCGUUCUGCCGCUUAUAAAUUAGAAAUAGACACGCGAUGAGCAUAAAAGAGAUGACGCUGCGUGAUAAUCAAAUUAAUUGGGAUAGUAAUUAGCGAUUAGACCGCUUGGUUUGCGUGCUUAUUCAAAUUACAUCCUUCGGUUGGAGAAAAAAAAAAAAGAAUGGCCAACCGGAAGCAACAUGUUCGAUUCUUCGUGAGCAAUUAACGUGUCAGGAUUUCAAGAUCGAUUUCACGCGGAACUAAUAGCCUCGAAAUCUCCGGAAUAUCGACUUAGCGAUGGAAAUUAACGUUUUAGAAUGAUUAAAGCGCGAAUUAAUGUACAUUCUGCGAGAUCAACGAAACGAGUGCCUCUAUCUUUAAAAAGUCUUCCACAAGGCUAGCCUUUCUUAGAUGAACGAAACAAUGGAGACAAUUGGCAAUUUUUAACGUCAGUUAGAAAUUCGUAAUGCUCAUCGAUGCUGCUCUUUGUUACCUGAAAUUGAAGCUUUCGAGCGAGAAAGAUUCAUUGUACCGAGAAAAAUUAUUCGAGUUCUGUUGUACGAUAAAUUUGUAGAUUAGAAAUCAAGCAAAUACAUUAAUUUGCUUGUCGCUGAAAUAUAAAAUGUCCUAGUAAUAUUUGUAACAUCUUUCAAUUGAAUUUGAAUACUGUACAAGGGAUGAAAUGCUAUAUUAAAGAUAAGAUACAAAAUAAUAAUAAAAUAAUUCUGCGAUACUACGUACAAUUUCAUUAAUGCAAAGCAUUAAAAAAUGUCUAUUGGAUAACAGAGAUUGUAAAUAUAUUCUAAAUAAUGCAGUUAGAAGCAUUCGAAGCGAUAAUAGUCAUCCAAGAUGAACUCGAAUAAUUUCGCGGAAACACCAAGUCCGACAAACACAGAUAGUAAAGCGUCGAACGACGAUUCUAAUCUUCAUCGUUGUGUGAAGAAUUAAAAUCGUAAACGACGAUAAGAAAUAAAAAGGAAAUAUUAAAUAAGUACAUACCGCAGUAGGUAUAAUAUAUCGAACGAACUAAGUGAACAAUUUGUUGUUUAGUGAGAGCGUGUGAAAAACGAAUGAGUGAAACAGUUGUACGAACGAGAGGGCGAGCGUGAGAGAAAGUAUGCUAAGAAGAAAAAAUGAAAAAGAGACAACACUUUAUUAGCGAAGAAAUAAAGAAAAAGGAAAGAUGAAGAAUUUAUGUGCAAUAACGACGAAAGGGAACGUUUCUUCGACACGGUACUUAUAUCUAGCUGUACGAUAGGAUGAUACGUAUUUGCUCAAAUCGUUGUUUCUUUUAUAUAUUUUAACAAAGUUUUUAUAUGAAUGAAUUAUAAAUGAUAAAAUAUACUAAAUUAUAUUUUUGCUAACGUUCUACGUGCAAACCACACGGAGAAAAUCCACGAGCGGGUAACAUUCAUAUACCUAUAAAGAAUAUGUAUACGUAACGCACACAAACGCAUACAUACACGCAUAGACACGACAUUACAGAAACACGAGAAUACAAAUUAGAAGCCGAUACGUUGGAAAUCGAUAUAGAUUUACGAGAUGGACGGACCCGUAAAUAUAAUUUAGGGAAAACAUUGUAAAUUAAUCUUCUCCCUCUCUUAUUUACAACGUUUAACGUUUAUUUAUUUAGCAGUAAACCCGUUGCCUUAUUGUAUUCAUGUAAUAACAAUUUAGUCGUAAAUAGAAAGAGAGAUAUUCUUAGACGAGCGAGUCGCCCAGGACGAUUGUUAGAAUGGAAGAGUUGAUAAGUCGUGAGACGAGCAGUAUUUUUAGAUUUACAUUAGCCUGAAUUUACUGCAGACUAUUAUACGUUUAUAAAUAUUAUGUAUACAUACACUUAUACGCGCGUUCUCGCGCACAGUACAUCUGCUCGUACUUCCAGCUUUCGGUAAAUCCGCGAUCCUUUACAUACUUUGACCGUUACAUGUUAGUAGUACGUUAACAAUUUAGUAAAACAAUUAAUGGCAUAUAUCGGACGAGGUAUAGAACACAGAUUAAAAUUAAACAACCUGUCCCGAAUCAAACUCAAACUGUUAUGGUUACCUGCGACCCAAAGAUAUUACACUUUUCAGAGUUCAUUUUCAAUUCUUAAUUGUUUCCUUUCAUUCGUUCUUAUUAGACAAGUACAAAGUUUCUCGAAAAUUUUAUUAUAUUGAACAGACGAUCUGCGAAACAUUUUGAAAAAUGUAUAAACGGAAGGUUGGACGACACGAGCGGACAUUAACCGAGCUAGCGGCUUUUACUUAAAACGAGAUCAUUGUACAUAAUGCUUAAGCAUUUAUUUAUAUCGUGCUUUUACAGAAGAAGAACCCGUAGUAUUUUAUUUAGUUUCGUAGCAGAGGUUCAUGCACAUCAUUACCGCGUUAGCACGAGAUCGUUAAAUUGUCGGGCAACAGGAUCGUUUUGGGGUGCGAACGGACAUACGAGUAGCGAGCUACGAGAUACGUGUGUUUGUGUUUGCUGGAGAUAGAAGAAAGUGGAUAUAGAAAGGAGAGGAUAUACAGAAAGGAGAAGUAUGAGAGGAAAUUCGUAUGCAUAUCGACUUAUUUAAAAAAUAUAAAUGAGAGAAUAUAUGUACAGAAUGAGACGAGCAUGCUGGAGAAAAAGAGGGAUGAAGAAGCGGGCGAUAAGGCAAUCUUGUGAUACUUCGAUGAUUUUAUUUUCCAUCUAUUUUUUUUUCUUCUUUCACCCUUCGUUUCCUUCUGCAAUUUAUUUCCGCAUCCAAUCAUUACCAUUCUCCCAUGAAAAACUUCCUUCCGACAUCCCCUUUUUUAUUUCUCCAUCGCGAACCUGUCGUGUAUUAUUUUACUGAUUAACUGUCAUAUUAUGUAUAGUAGAAAUUAAUGGUGAAAAGAGAACAAGAACAGUACAUUGUUUCUGUUAAAAUAAACCUUGUUGAAAAAUA